AUGAAGCUGGCCAAGGCCAUGGCGCUCGCCAGCCUCGCCUCCGUCACCGUCGCCGUCGCCGACCCGCGGCAUCUCGCCAUCGUCACGGACGCGCUGGUCGAUGUCGUCUCCAAGGCGACGGCGCUCCAGACGCACCUCGACGGCAACUUCUCGAUGGACGCCGUCGUCGCGAGCUCCGACGCGCUCGUCCAGUCGCUCGGGAGCAGCCGCAACAAGGUGGGCACGACCGACGACAUCAACGACGUCGCCGAGGCCACGGCCCUCUAUCUGCAGUUCGUCCCACGCUUCGUCGAGCUGUCCGACUCUCUUCGGAAGGCUCUGAUGGACCGGAAGCCCGACGUCGUCAAGGCCGAGGCCUGCGGCCGCGUCAAGUGGAACGUCCGCCUCGUCGCCCGCGGCGUGCACGAUCUCCAGUACACCUUGGGCAUCAGGUUUCCCGACCACCUUCUCGAAUCGGCCAACGUGGCCAAGGUGCCUCCGUACAAGCCGAUGGCCGAGCUGGAGAAGUACAUCGGCCAAUCGACCGACGACGUCCCCGACGAAGACGACGACGACGACGACGCCCGCUUCACCUACGGCGGCCAUUAUUUCUUUGCCAACGACGAGAGAAACAUCUUUACGCCCCAGUACGAAAAGUUCGUCACGGCCGUCGAGGACCUGACGUCCAACUUUUCGUGGUGGAGCUGCAAGGUUGCCCGAUGGAUCAUGGCGGUGAAACGACUGUUUGGAUGCGCCACCUGA